AUGCAGCCCUCCCCCUCGACGCCCCGGCUCGGACGCGCCGCAGACACCUGCCCGGCUCCGCCCGGACCGGAGCGUCCUCCCGCGGCCAGGGCUCGGGCAGCUGCUUCCAGCCUGGGACCGGCCUCGGCCUCCCGCAGAGCGCCGCGGGUCCUGGACAUGAGCGCUCAGGAGCCCCCGCAAGGUCGGAGAUUCCCCAUUGAGGCUGGAGACUCCCCUGGCCUUGCCGCCGCCCCCGAGUCCCAGGACAGCCCGGAGCCAGUAGCGACAGAGCACAACCCGGUCAGGCCGCUUCGACGCUGCCCCGGUUGCCACUGCCUGACCCUGCUGCACGUGCCCAUCGACGUCUACCUGGCCAUGGGCGGGAGCCCCCGGGCCCGCGCCACCUGAGUACGCUGAGCACAGCGGCU